UCAUGGCAACAAGCGAACAUCUAAAUUCCAAGAAGAAGAAUCACUUUUAAAGGAAGUAGGAGAAGCGGGAGAUCUGAAGACCAAAACAAACUCUCUGUUGUCUCCAGAGUCACUGAAACAUUUGACAAAAUGCUGAAGAAGGCGCCCAAAUUAAAAUAUAUAGUUAAAACAAAAACGAAGAGUAACGUUAACGUGAGGGCGACGGCAGAGGCGAUGAUUGAACUCCUAACGCUGGUGUUUCUGAACAACCUGGCUGAGGAGGCGAAAGCCAAAGCUUUUGAAGAGAAAUCUGCAACGAUCCGAGCUCAUCAUCUCAAGGCAGUGUCCAAGAAAAUGCUGAAAAAAUCAAGGGGGUGAAGACGGCGAACUGAAUCAUCGUCAUUUUUACGAACAUUAUCAUGAAUGACAGCAACAAUAUUUUUUGCUUUUUUAUGAUACAUAAUUAGUUUUCCAUUUGAAAUGUCCUAUUUUGUGUUUUUUGUUAAAUUAAAUUCUUGUGAAAUGGC